UGUAGCAAUAGCAAUCUCAGUACUAGUUGUACUAACGCGAACGACCCGCUGCCACCGCUCGUGCCGCUGUCCACCGAAGGCGUGAACCCGCGGGCAGUGCUAUGCUGUGUAAAAACGGGGCCCACACGACCCUAUAGUCAAGAUGGGACACAAAUUUCCAACUUUUGGGAGGUCCGCAUGAAAAGUUUCCAUCUGCAGCGUAGUGCUGAUUUUUAGUAAGAAAAGCCGCUCGGGAAAGCAAUUUGCUCAUCAUGUUUACAGCAUUACAAUGAAUGCCAAAACACGAUCGGAAAUGAUGCCUCUCAUGGAGAUGCGCAUUGCAAACGUUCUUGUCAUUGCGCACUUGCAUGACAACUCUGGGGAGGUGGGGGCCACGUUUUUGCUGAGGAUAAGUGCAAGGAAUCGAGGCCUGUCUGCACGAGUACUGCCAACUGUUUGAGCAGGCUCAGCGCGGGCCAGUGGACGACAUUCCAACCUACUUGGAGGCGACAGCGAGGCCGUGGAUGACCACCUACCUGGAGUCCUGCAUCGACCACUGCCCCUGCUGCGUGGAGGACCACUUAUGACAAUGCACAGCUCCCCCUACUUGUUCCCUCAUUUGUCAUGCAAAACCGCAAAUUAUCCACCCUUUUUCUUUAGGCACUGCUUGCAUGACACAGCCGAAACAGCACUAGAAUCGGUCGCGAACAAUUUGUCAUGCAAAAGCUGCAUUGAUGCCAGGACUUGCAUUGCUGUUCAUGCAAUACAAAUGAGGGGGACGAGGAGGAGUUGUGCACUGUCAUACCACCAGCUGAAAAUCGAGAAGGUGGCGCUGGUAUGAAAUGCAAAAGCAUCGCACUUUUGUAAAUUGCAUGACAAAUUUGCCCUGCAUGAGAAAUGGAAUCUGUAAUGCUGUUGAUUGACCUUAGGAAAAAUAUUUGUAAUGCAUAACUGCAAUUGCUACGAGUACGAUACUUUUGCACAGCAUAGCUGGGCGCCCGCGUGUGCACGUUCGGCAAGGCCAUCGCCCCGGUGGACCGCAACGGUAACGCGGUCAGUGGAUAUACCAGCGUUGAGUUGAGCAACGCCGCGACGGACCCGAGGAGCCCGGCGAACAAGAUGGGCCAGCUAUUCUGAGCAAAAACGUCCCCACCUCAUAGUCAACAUCGGAAAGCUGCUAGACAACUCAGCAAGCUUUGGCUUGUUGCGCAUGACAAGUUCAUCUUUGGCCUCCUCGUGUAAUAAAUCCUGUUUAGCUAGUAGGUCAGCAGCAUCACAGAUCUAGCGCAUCGUGCUGCUUGGAGCAUCACAAAUUUCGAAACACGGCUAGAGCAUGCGUCUCAUGGGGCUGCGCAUGAGAAACAUUCUCAGCAUUCAGAUUUGCAUUACAGCGAUGGGGUGCGUGGGGUCGUUUUUACAUAGGAUGCCAGCUGCUCCGCAACGCCACCUUUGAAAAGCGAAAACUGGAGAGCAGCAAUUCCGCCACGGAUUUGGUAUGUCCGAGCAGUCCCGACCACCUGACGCGGCAAGACAGCGCCGCAGCCGCGUCGCACGCCUUUGUGCAGAAGAGUCCGAAAAACCUGCGCCGGGUGUCCGACACCAGUGCCUUUAACGUGCCGGGGAUGGGCUUCGGGAACUCGCUAUGCAAUACAAAUUUCAUAUUCAUCAUUCUGUACACGACGUACUGCAAAAUGCGUCACAAUUUUCUCGCUUGAUAGAUUUAGAGUGUAAAUAAAACACGACCUUCUUUAUUCAUGCUGACUAGAAGGAUUGAUGAAGGUAUCAGGUGGUUUUGUCAGGCAGAAACCGCAUUGCCGGUACGUGUGUGUGUGGGAAAUUUGCUGUGGAUAGUCGCCUAACGGGAAAGGACAGGCGUCAGAAGCCAACUCCCCCUCCAACGCGGCAAAACUCAGUGCGAGCAAGAG